AGGUGCCCACGAAGGGGAAGAUGUCCUUCGUGUUCUCGCUGGCCAAGGCCAUGGAGGCGAAGCUGGGCCAGGCCGGGGACUGCUUGCUCGACGCCAGCGCCUGGCUCGGGUCGCAGUCGGACCUGCUCCGGGUUCCGCUGUGCAGAAAGAAGGAGACGCUGCUGGUCGCCUUCUGGCGUAGCUCCAGCGGCCUUCCCGACAGGCAGCUGCCCGUGCUGGAGUCGCUGUCCAAGGACUUCUUGAUCACCUACCCGCAGUUCCUGUCCCUCUGCAGGGACGAGGACGACCACCUGGCCACCAUCGUGUCGCACCUGAUCCCCUGCCUCAAGGGCGGCUCCUUCACGCGGUCCUUGGCCAUGGGCAAGCAGAUGAGCAUGCACUCCGUGACCUCGCUCUUCGCGAGCGCCAAGGC